AUGACUGUCCUCAAGGAACCGAUUGCCGUUCGACCAGCGAGCCAGCACCGCCACUCUGGUAACAUCAUGGCCGGCUCGCUCCCCAAAUCUCGUCCGCAUUCGCACUCGCUCUCAGUGGGCUCCCUCAACUCGGCACAUCGUGUAACGCGCAGGAAGAGCAUGAGCUCGACGGCCGCUAGCAAUGUCGCCGCCAUGGCCGCUGCGGCCAAGGGCAUAACUGGCGCUCCGCUUGAAGGCAGCGCCAGCGGACAGCGCCGCCCCUCGAAGCCUGCGGCGCACUUCCGGGGCCCCAGCGUGGCCUUGAACUCGACUCUGGCGUCGAGCAUGCCCGGCAAUGGCUCUGGCUCCCCCCCAAGUAGCUACGGUGCUGCUGCUGCCAAGAGUGAAGCAGUCACCGACGGGCCAACGCUCGCAUCCAUGCCUGAGCACGACGCGGGCAGCUCCAAGUCGCGAAUUCGUCGCGCGAGCGAGGGCUCCAGCCUGUCCAAAGGCGAUAGCAAGCGCACAAGUGGUAGCGAACUGAGAUGUGAAAAAUGUGGGAAAGGAUACAAACACAGCAGCUGUCUGACCAAGCACCUUUGGGAGCACACGCCAGAAUGGCAAUACACGUCCAAGCUGCUCAUCUCCAAGCACCAGCAGGUGCAGCUGCUAGAGGCCGCUUCAGUCCUCGUUGCCAUGAACAUGAACAACAAAGACAGCGACGGUGGCGAGAGCGAUCGCUCGUCGCCUCCGGCCUCGGGCUCGUCUGACCGACGUGAGGAGCUGAGCUCCACCGAAACUACCCCGCCCCCGCAAAUUGAAGACCAUGCCGUGGGCUCCUACCCUCACUCGGCCUUUACAAGUCGCUCUAUAAAGCGAUAUUCUACCAACAGCUCUGCCUAUAGUCACUCGUACCAGUCCACCGUAUUUUCCGAUACCGGAAAUAGCGGCCACUUCCGCCAGUGGAGCAACGUGUCCGACCGUCCCACGACGUCAGGCACCUCGGUGGCAGGCUCAUAUCAUGAUGAUGGUAAUGACCAUGCGGACCUCGCUGCCGCUGUGGGGCUGCUGAGCUGCUCGUAUGGGACGCCCAAGUCGGGUCCAGUUGCGCUUCCGCCGGAUGUGCCACCUGUGCCCCCGCUACCAGCCAAAUUUUUGGACUUUAACAAUGGCCGCACAUUGUCGGGCAGCACUACCGUGACGGCGCAGCAGUCGAGCAUGCGCAACAGCUAUCGCUUCCGCAAUGAGAGCAAGGAUGUUGACAUGGACGACGACCAGUUUGCCGACGAAGAGGACUAUCGCCAGUCCAAUUCGCGCAGUCGCGGACGCAUCGAAGAGGACGACGACGCCUUCUUCGGAAGGAUGGAGGAGUAG